AUGAACAGAGACGAAGGCGAACGGCCCGACGUUGGCAGCCUCACUGGAGAGGAGGUGGCUAAACACAAUUCGCGCGAGUCUUGCUGGGUGAUUGUUCAUGGGAAAGCAUACGAUGUGACAGAUUUCUUGCCAGAACACCCGGGAGGUCCCAAGAUCAUCCUCAAGUACGCUGGCAAAGAUGCGACUGAAGAGUUUGACCCGAUCCACCCACCCGACACGUUGGACAAAUAUUUACCGAAAGAUAAGCAUUUGGGACCCGUCAACAUGGAGACGGUGCAGAAGGAAGAACAAGAAGACUCUCCAGAGGAAAAGGCUAGACAAGAGCGGAUUAAAAACAUGCCACCAUUAGAGGCCUGCUAUAACCUGAUGGACUUUGAAACUGUUGCCAGACAGGUCAUGAAGAGGCCAGCUUGGGCAUACUAUAGCUCUGGGGCUGAUGAUGAGAUCACUAUGCGAGAAAAUCAUUCCGCUUUCCACAAGAUAUGGUUCCGGCCAAAGAUUCUGGUGGAUGUCGAGAAGGUCGACAUCAGCACCACCAUGCUGGGAACAAAGUGUGAUAUACCGUUCUAUGUCACUGCUACUGCCCUCGGGAAACUUGGUAAUCCGGAAGGAGAGGUGGUCCUGACCCGAGGCGCAAAGAAACACAACGUUAUCCAGAUGAUCCCGACUUUGGCCUCUUGCAGUUUUGACGAAAUCUGCGAUGCGAGAGAAGGCGAUCAAUGCCAGUGGCUUCAAUUGUACGUCAACAAAGACCGAGAAAUUACCAGGAAGAUUGUUCAACAUGCAGAAGCUCGGGGUUGCAAAGGGCUCUUUAUCACAGUCGACGCACCUCAACUGGGUCGAAGAGAGAAAGAUAUGCGAAGCAAAUUCGAUGAUGUGGGCUCUAACGUACAAAACACUACCGGUGACAACGUGGAUCGGUCACAAGGCGCGGCGAGAGCAAUCUCCAGCUUCAUUGACCCCAGCCUCAGCUGGAAGGAUAUCCCGUGGUUCUUGAGCAUCACGAAAAUGCCCAUCAUUCUCAAGGGAGUUCAAAGAGUCGAGGACGUGUUGAGGGCCAUCGAGGUAGGAGUACAUGGUGUCGUGCUCUCCAACCACGGCGGUCGCCAAUUGGACUUUGCUCGAUCAGGCAUUGAGGUUUUGGCUGAAGUGAUGCCCGUCCUCCGGGAGCGCGGUCUGCAAGACAAGAUUGAGAUAUUCAUCGAUGGUGGUAUUCGCAGAGCAACGGAUAUAAUCAAGGCACUGUGUCUAGGUGCCAAGGGCGUGGGUAUUGGAAGACCUUUCUUGUUUGCUAUGUCUGCUUACGGUCUUCCCGGAGUUGAUCGAGCGAUGCAGCUGCUGAAGGAUGAGAUGGUGAUGAACAUGAGACUGAUUGGAGCGUCCAGGGUCGAGGAGCUGACUCCGGACAUGGUUGACACGGCUGGACUGAGAGCCCAUGUUGCUCCUGUGCCCCAAGAUACUUUGGGUGUCCGAGCAUAUGAUCCUUUGAUCACUCCCCAUGACAUGCUGAAGGCACGUCUGUGA